AUGACCAGUUGCACCCCUACAACACCCCUUCCUCCACCUUCCGGUCACGUGAUGGGCCGAAAUUUCGAUGAUGAGAGUGACGACGAUCUACAUACGCGGGAUGAACUCAUGAACCUCUCGAACCUGUUCAGUCGAUCCUCGGUGGUACUGAAUAGUCCUGAGCGGACUGGCGUCUUUAUCAACUAUUUGCUAAUGCAGAAUAUGGACCUAGCACCUUCGCUUUUCUUCCUUGUCAAUCGAUACUACCAACGUGCCGUGCUUUCAUCCAAAGAGCUUGCGAAAGAUUACAGACGACUGUGCCUCGAGAUAUUCUCCACUUUCAUGCACCCAAAAUCGCCCCUCCACUUAGAUCUUCCCGCCCCAGUCAUCCAAGAAAUUUCCCAACAAAUGCGUCAAUCCAGUUCUGUGGAUCAGUGCUUUGCGUCCGCGGUUGAGCCCGCGUUGAAUUUGGUUCAAAAUCAACUGAACAAAUUGUGCCGAGAAAUUCAGCAUGCUGUAUCAUCCUUUCGGUGCCUAGCGGCCAUGCCACCCGACGGAAGCACGAGAGUUGAGAUACUGCCAGGUUACCCAAGUCUAGACAAGGAAAGGCGAGAGACAGAAAUCGAGUUCGAACCAUGGACCUUCCGGUCAGUAAAUUCGCGCUCUAACCUCUUAGGCCAUUGGGUGCUUGUCCGUUUUCCUAAAAUGGAGAUUUCGUCCUGUGGGUGGAGCUCAUCUAUGCUGAAUAGCCGAAAGGUAAUGUGCGGUUGUUCCAUCCUCAUUGGAAGACAUCAUCAGCGUGUAUCUUAUGAAACUGCAGUAGGAAGUUUCGAACCCGAGUUACCCCGGCUACGUUGCCCUCCACCCAAAGAAUUCCACUCCAUUCGCAAGACCUGUAAAAAACUGAAGGGAAGCAUCACCACAUGGAGGCCCCAAGAAUCCGUUAAUUUGCUGUGCGCCCGAAACUAUGAAGAACAGCUCACAAUCUUCGAACUCUGUCUGACGGCUCGGCUACAGGCAUUGCUCAAGCUAUCCAUGUGGGAACCGGCGAACGCGCAGGGUUCAGAGGCCAGUCACGAGAUUGAAAAAAUCAAAGCAACCGAGACCUAUCAGGCAAUAGUCACGUGCCUAGUGACAGCCCACAGAUUUUUCGCUGUCAAAGGCGGGACAGAGUCAGCUGACAGCGGGAGCGGAUCGGUGUCGCGAAGCAGCUUAUUCGCCAGUCUCAACAAAUCUGUUGCCCUGUUCGCUGAAAGGGACAAUCUGAUUGUAACUGAUUCCUCAUCAGUCGAGAUGACAUCAUCAGCACGUUGCGACCGAGCUGCAUCGCUUGCUUUUUUUGGAAUUGAAAACACACUCAAAAUGAGUUUAGUGGUCCUUGUGGUAUCCGAGGGCAUCUGCUAUCUGUCUGUGCUAAGAGCAAUCAAAAUUGAACUGGACUCUAAGGCGACACCACGUACAAGGGGGCUGGGUAGUGGGUACUUACAAAUAAAGUGGCGUCAAUUGCGAAGGGUGCUGGUACCCCUGGCGAAACCCAACAAAGAGUGGAUCGGGACUGCCGUUAUUCCAUAUAAAGCAGGGACAUCGGAGGUCAUUCGAAGGGUUCUAAACACGGCCAACAGAGGAGUAGUUUUCCAGAGGGGAAACACUCUGCGCUCUGCACUGGUGCAACUGAAGGAUCGCCUCCGGCAAACAGGGCUAGGGACAUGUCUACAGCAUCAACUGUAA